AUGACCGGCUCUCUUCACCUGGACGUGGGGCUGCUGCUGCUGCUGCUGCUGGCCUGCUGGAAGACCCCGGAGCCGGCCGGAGCGAGUGAGUACCAGGGGCCAGGCUACGGAAGUCAAUCUGUGCCAUCUGAUUUUAAAUCUGAAUUUCUAAAACUGAAGGGUUUUUUUGCAUCAAAAUCAGACUUUGAAUUUCAAAAGUGUCAAAAUUCAAGAACACAUUUUUAUUUCUGACACUUAUUUUUUUCACAAUAAUGAAAUAAAUUCAGUGUAAAAAAAAAAAUCAGUCUCUCAAAAUAUUCAUGUAGUAUAAAUUCAACAGAAAAAAAAACUGUAAAAAAAAUUUCAGUUUUAAAAUAUUUAGUGUAAAACAGACCGACUCAACAUGCGGGUAACCAGGGAGAAGUAUGGAAGUCAAUCUGUGCCAUCUGAUUAAAUUUUUAAAGCUACAUUUUUUUGCGUCAAAAUCAGCCUUUUAAUUUCAAAACCAUCAAAUUUCAAGCACACAUCUUUAUUUCUGACACUUAUUUUCUCACAAUGAUAAAAAAAAUUCAGUGUAAAAAAAAUCAGUCUCUCAAAUUAUUUGUGUUGUAAAAUUCAACUUAAAAAAACAACUGUGGGGAAAAAAAAAAUCAACAUAGAAAAAUUAUGAAAUGAUCUGUCCAUGCAGCAAGAUCAUUUCACUAAACAAGAUUUCGUGAAUGAAGAUUGUUCAGUCUAGAAAUAAUCAUGUCUACAAAUGUAUUUGGAAGAUUAAAGCGGUGCAGAAAUCAUGUGCGGUUAUUUUUCAGAAAUGUUUUUGGAUGCUGAUGAUGAAAAACUAAAUAAAAAUGUCUCACAGAUCUUUAAUUUGACGGACAGACUCGGUGAAAAGGAGGACUCGUUGUUCAGAGGCUGGACAGAACAGCUUCCAUGAACACGCCGCCGCUGCUCGCUGCUCGUUGCUCGCCGCUCGCCGUCUGUGGGUUGAGUGUUGUGGGUAUCUGCGCGGUGUUUACUCCUCAUAAUUCACGCAGACAAACCGCUGUAGUAAAACUGUCAGAAGCUUAAUUUAGUGUUUAUCCUGGGAUUGGAAUUUCACAGCCGUCUCCCUCCUCUCUCAGGUCGCUUUAAUUAGCUGCAGCAGGCACUUAAAUCACCCUCCGCCCUCCUCCGCCACCCUCCGCCCUCGCUCUCUUUAUCCUUCCCCUGAAAAUCAGAGCUACGCCUCUGCGAAUGAAACCAGAUCAACGCCCUCCUCACUUAAUCUUCGUUUACGAACCUUCUAUUGAUUUAUCUGCAGAGCGGCUCUUUUUUCACCUCUCAGCUGCGGGGAUCGUCUCUGCCAGGCUGGAUUCUCAGGGUGAAACAAGGACUUUCAUUCAUGGGAAAACAGCCGGGUCAGUGUCACAACCAACGACGAAACAGCAGGAAGUGUCUCCAACAGAUUUCAGCCCCAAAACACACAGAAGGCUCCACCUGAGAGGAGACCGGAGCACAAAUGUCACGUUUAGGUUUGGAAAGAGGAUUUCUACAGUCCAGCAGCAGAAACCAAAACAGUCUCAGCAGCUUCAGGGUUAAAUGAGAGCGGAGAGCUGAGUUCGUAUGGAAGUCAAUCUGUGCCAUCUGAUUUUGAAUUUGAAUUUCUAAAGCUGAAUUUUAAAUCAGACUUUGAAUUUUAAAACUAUUGAAUUUCAAGCACGCAUUUUUAUUUUUUACACCGAGAGCCACAACGGAAGUUAACCACGCAAAAAAAAGGAGCGAUGGGAAAAAAAGUUACUUACUGUGAAAAUAAGAGAAUGCAAAUAAAAAAAAACACAACAGAAGUUCAUGAUGCAAAAAAAUAAAUAAAAAUAAAAAUAAAGCUGAAGCCUGCUGAAAAAAAAACAAUAGAAACAGUGCAGAUAAAAAAAAGGGCUUCAACAAAAGUUAACGAUGCAAAAAAAUAAGAAACCGAAGGAAACGGUGCAGAUUUUUGCACCCUUUUAUUUUUGCAGAAAGAAACUUUUUUUCAGUCCUUUUUUUAAUUUUAUUUGCAGCAGUGGCGUUCUUUUUUUUGGUGUUUCUUUGUUAUUUGCAGCAGUGGCGGCUCUCGGCCACCCUAAGUUCUGCAGUCAUGAAUAUAUCCCUCCAGGAUUGGUUGUCCUUGUUGGACGUCUCUCUCUCUCUCUCUCUCUCCUUCUCCCUCUCUCUCUCUCUCUCUCUCUCUCUCCCUCUCUCUCUCUCUUUCUCUCCCUCUCUCUGUUUUGUUUGUUUUGUUUCCUGAAUCUCUGCAGAAAAGUCGUUUUAUUCUGACUUCAGAAGAAUCUUGAGGAGGAUGUCAGAUCUCCUUGUUUUUGCAUGUAGACCUUUAACCCAGUUAAACACUUGGACAUUUGUCCUCCUCCUCCUCCUCUUCCUCCUCCUGUCAUGUGAGAGAACUCUUCCUCUGUCUCAUUAACACUCGGACAGUUUUCAGAUCUCACUUUGACUUGAAAACUCUCCUCUGAGUGUUUGUGCAGAGAUGUGGGAGUGAGGAGGAGGAGGAGGAGGAGGAGGAGUUCAGACUCUUCAGCAGUAGGUUAGAGAGCAGCUAACUUCAUUAUCCCUGUGUGCAGACACCUGUUGGUCUCCUCUCUGGAGUCUUGCUCUGAGGACACGCCGUGACAUUGCAGUCAGGUCAGACUCUCGGAGAAUAGCUAACAACAACAUUCCCGGUGUGUGUUGGUCUGCAGGAGCAGAGCUGGCGCUCAUCUCCAGUCUCUCUCCAGGUCUCUUUGUUUUCUCAAAGUGUUUGUUGGAUUUCAAAGCAGGAGGCUGAAGCUCCUGAAGACCCAGACCCCCAAAGGUCCCCACACUCACUCCUGUAUUUAUCUCUGCGCUGAUGUGUCCUCCUCUCUGACUCCCACACUCCUCCUGAAGUUCUUGUUGUUGCUGUUGUCAUUGUUGUCCUCAUUGUUGUUGUUAUGUUGUUGUUCUUGUUGUUGCCAUCAUUGUCAUCGUUGUUGUCAUUGUCGUCAUUAUUGUUGAUGUUGUGGUUCUCGUUAUCAUUGUCUGUGUUGUUAGUGUCAUUAUUGUCAUCAUUAUUGUCAUCAUUAUCAUUGUUGUCAUUGUUGUCGCUGUUGUUGAAGCUGCUGUCGUUUUGGUCAUUGUUGUUGUUGUUGUCAUUGUUGUGGUUGCAGUUAUUGUUGUUGUUGUUGUGGUCGUUGUUGUAGUUUUGUUAUUGUUGUUGUCAUUGUUGUCCUCAUUGUUGUUGUUUUGUUGUUGUCGUUGUCAUGGUUGCAGUUGUUGUUUCGUUGUUUUGUUGUUGUCGUUGUCAUGGUUGCAGUUGUUGUUGUUUUGUUGUUGUUGUUGUCGUUGUCAUGGUUGCAGUUGUUGUUUCGUUGUUUUGUUGUUGUCGUUGUCAUGGUUGCAGUUGUUGUUGUUUCGUUGUUUUGUUGUUGUUGUUGUUGUCAUUGUUGUCCUCAUUGUUGUUGUUGUUGUCAUUGUUGUGAUUGCAGUUAUUGUUGUUGUUGUUGUUGCUGUGGUCGUUGUUGUAGUUUUGUUAUUGUUGUUGUCAUUGUUGUCCUCAUUGUUGUUGUUUUGUUGUUGUCGUUGUCAUGGUUGCAGUUGUUGUUGUUUCGUUGUUGUUGUUGUUAUUGUUGUCCUCAUUGUUGUUGUUUUGUUGUUGUCGUUGUCAUGGUUGCAGUUGUUGUUGUUUCGUUGUUUUGUUGUUGUUGUUGUUGUCAUUGUUGUCCUCAUUGUUGUUGUUGUUGUUGUCAUUGUCGCGGUUGCAGUUGUUGUUGUUUUGUUGUUGUCAUUGUUGUGGUUGCAGUUGUUGUUGUUUCGUUGUUUUGUUAUUGUUGUUGUCAUUGUUGUCCUCAUUGUUGUUGUUUUGUUGUUGUCGUUGUCAUGGUUGCAGUUGUUGUUGUUUCGUUGUUUUGUUGUUGUUGUUGUUGUCAUUGUUGUCCUCAUUGUUGUUGUUGUUGUUGUCAUUGUCGCGGUUGCAGUUGUUGUUGGUUGAUCUCUGUUUCUCAGUCUUCUGCUCGUCUGUUCUUCCGUCGUCGUUUCUCUGCGUCUCUGCAGCUCCUCCUGGUCGUCAUUUGUGGGUUUGAGGGCAGAUUGAAGUUCUCCUCUAAUUGCUGACAUUUCAGUUCAGUUCAGUUUUUGCAGAAUGUUCUGGUUAGUCAGAAAAGACUCUUUUAUAAACCUGUUUUUAUCAGAAUGACUGUGUAGGAGCACAAAAACUAAAACGUUCACAACAACACAGAGUCUCAGAAGAUCUGCAGAUAGACCAGAAGAACUUUUACAGCCCCAAAAUAAAGUUUAAUAUAUAUAAUAUAAGCAUAAAAUAAGUAUAAAAUGCUGCUUUAAAGAUGAGAUAACUUAAAAAAUGUCACUUUUCCAGCCCUAAAAUCAGUGAAAUCGACUAAAUCUAAUCAAUGACAUAUUUAUUUUUCUUCCUUUGAUCAAAUGAAGCUGAAGAUUAGUUCAACCAAAAAUAGAAAUGUAGAGAAAAAAUACCCAGUAUUAGUGAAGAAUGACUAAACUCUGUCUCAAUCCAAGCAGGCUGAUCUUGAAACAAGGCUUACUGAAUCUGAAAACAAGAUUCCUUUGGAUGAGACUAGAACUGAUUUGAACAGUUAUUUUUCUCAUGUGAAGAUUUCCUGACUAUUGGAGACAAACAGAAGAGAAGGUUGUUGGAGAGAAGAUUACAGUGGAAACUUAAAGACUCUGAAAACAGGAGAAAUUCUCCAACACUUCUGGAUCUACGUUUGUUUUCUUGGUAAGAACUGAAUCGUUUGUAGGAUGCAGAGGGGAUAAACCUAUAAACGGAGAAUUAAAGUCACAGAAACACUCAGAGAAAGAGAGAGACUAUGAUUAGAGAGGACCACAAGGGGACAAAGUGACCCCGCAGAGACCACCAAAACCAGCAGAGACCACCAAAACCAGCAGAGACCUGUAGACAGAGUCAGCUGCUCACUGCUCUUAUGUAAGAGGCGAAACUUCCUCUUAAUCAGCAUGCACAGGUCGUAACUGGACUCUGAAAACACACACACACACACACACACACACACACACACACACACACACACAGAGUCAGAGUAGACUCCUCAGUGUGGAGCCAUUAUCCAGAUUAUUCUGUCUGAGUGGAUCAGCAGACUGUUUUUAACUGCUGCGCUGAUUUAUGAUGGACUGUCGGCUCCGCCUCCUACGUCACUGAGAGACACUCGCUCUGAGAGAAACCAUGGAAACACGCCCUCACCCAGCCCCCCCUCAUUGUUGUUGUUGUUGUUGUCAUUGUCGCAGUCGUGGUUAUUGUUGUUGUUGAUGCUGCCGUUGUUAUUGUCAUUGUCGUAGUUUUGGUUAUUGUUGUUGUCCUUGUUGUUGCUGUGGUCCUCGUUUUUGUUGUUGUUCUUGUAAAAUUUAUUGUCAUUGUUGUCGUUGUUUUUUGUCGUUCUUUGUUGUUGUGGUUGUUUUUGUUGUGGUCAUUGUUGUUGUUAUUGUUGUUGUUAUUAUUGUGGUUGUUGUUGUUGGUGUUGUGGUUGUUAUUGUUGUGGUUAUUGUUGUUGUUAUUGUUGUGUUUUUUCUUGUGGUCAUUGUUGUUGUUAUUGUUGUGGUUGUUGUUGUUGUUGUUGUUAUUAUUAUUGCGGUUGUUGUUGUUAUUAUUAUUGUUGUUGUUAUUGUUGUGGUUAUUGUUGUUGUUAUUGUUGUGGUUAUUCUUGUUGUUAUUGUUGUGGUAGUUGUUGUUGUUAUAAUUGUGGUUGUUGUUGUUAUUGUUGUGGUUGUUGUUAUUGUUGUUAUUAUCAUUGUGGUCAUUGUUGUUGUUAUUAUUCUGGUUGUUGUUGUUGUUAUUGUGGUUAUUAUUGUAACGGUUGUUGUUGUUAUUGUACUUUUGCUGAAACAAGCGCCAAAUUUUGUCUGAGGCUUCCGUUGGAUGUACCAAAGUUUUUAACCCUGAACCUCCAAAAUGUCGUGUAAAAUAGAGUGUGAAGACCCCUGAGGCCUGUGAGUUUAACGGUUUAGGUGGAGAGGUGGAAUCUAUGACACUAGCUCUAUAGAAACAGAGUGAACAGAAGAGCUUCACCUGAACCUCAGAAACCUUCAUGACAGGAUCUGAACGCUUCCUCCACGUUAAAAAAUGAUAAAAGGAGCAUCAAGAAUUCAUCCGAACAAACCAGCUGAAGGAUGAGCAAGGACGAGCUCUGUGUGUGUGUGUGUGUGUGUGUGUGUGUGUGCGCUCGUGUGUGUGCGCUCUCCUACAUUCAUCUGAGCAGCUAUAUUUCAUCACUUAAUCAAUACCUACAUCCUCCUCCUCCUCCUCCUCUUUUUCUCUUAUUCUUUCUCUCACAUUGAUCCUCUUCCUCCUCCCUCUCCGUCCAUCCGUCCGUCUCUCUCUUCACUCUUCCUCUCCUCUCGUCUUUUCUUCUCCCUCCGAACCAGAAGGUUGAAAAUUCACUCUGCCAUCUCCUGAUUUCAGCCUCAGAUAAUUCGUCUUUUUUUCUCCUCUGACUCAUUUAUCCUCCUGUCCUCCUCUUAAUCUCUCUCUCUCUCUCUCUCUCUCUCUCUCUCUCUCUGUACAUAAUGUAAUAGCAGGGGUCUUUUGGGAUUUAGCAGCCGUGACGUGACAGGAGAGUUCAGGGGAGAAGUUGCUGUCAUUGUCUCUGACAGGGGAGCAUGUCUCUCUCUCUCUCUCUCUCUCUCUCUCUCUCUCCCUGUGUGUGUGUGUGUGUGUGUGUGUGUGUGUGUAGACUCCUCAGGACCUGCUGUGAGGAUGAUAUUUUAGAGUUUCUGUCAUUUUCUGUCCUGAACAGACCCUCUCUCAGACUCAGCAUCUAUGAGCUCUGGUGGUUUAGAAAUGUCAAACCUGGUAUGGAAGUCAAUCUGUGCCAUCUGAUUUAAAUUUUGAAUUUCUAAAGCUGAAUUUUUUUGCAUCAAAAUCAGACUUUGAAUUUUAGCACCAUCAAAUUUUAAGUACGCAUUUUUGAUUUUGUAGUAAUGUAGCAAAAAAUUCAACUUAAAAAAAAUUGUUUAAAUAUAUUCAACAUAAAAAAUUGUCAGGGUCAAAUAACUCUGUGUCAAAAAAUUGAGUGUAAAACAGACCGACUCAACAUCUGGGCAAUCAGGGAGAAGUAAUCGAUUUAUGGAAGUCAAUCUGUGCCAUCUGAUUUUGAAUUUGAAUUUUUUUAGAGCUGAAUUUUUUUGCAUCAAAAUCAGAUGUUGAAUUUCAAGCAUGCAUUUUUAUUUGUGACACUUAUUUUUUCACAAUGAUGAAAUAAUUUCAGUGUAAAAAAAAUUGGUCUCUCCAAAAAUUGUGUAGUACAAAUUCAACUUAAAAAAAACAACCCUGGUGGAAAAUUGAGGAAUCGAUUUUUUUACACUGAAUUUAUUUCAUCAUUAUAGGAAAAAAAAUUGUUUCAGAAAUAAAAAUGCGUGUUUGAAAUUCAAAGUCUGAUUUUGAUGCCAAAAAGUUCAGCUUUAAAAAAAUUCAAAUUCAAACUGAGAUGGCACAGAUUGACUUCCAUACAGCUGCAGCUGCCUGACUCCUGUUUCUCCAGCCUCACUCGUGUUUCUGCAGCUGCUGUUCAUCAGGACGCUCUCAUGAAGGUUUUAGUCACAGACGCCGCAGCAGCCGCCAGUUCCUCCGCCCACAGAGUCAGGAAAUAGACCAGCAUGCACUGCAGCCACACAUGGCGCUUUUUUCUCCCACUCUCUCUGCUUUCAUUCAGCGCUCCCACUCAGGCUGAGUGCAACAGGUUCAUACGCCUUCACUGUCAGAGGGCAUGCUGGGAAAUGGGAGGUGACAGACUGAGGCAGACAGAUAUAUUUUGUUCAUAAACUUUUAAAAAGCACGAUAUAAAAUAAUGAUAAUGAUAAUAUUUUUUAUUUAUAAGGCGCUUUUACAGAUGCUCAAAGACGCCUCACAAAGAAAAAAAAUAUGAAACAAUUUAAAAUACAGAAAAUUUUGAGGAAUAAAACCAACGAUGUAAAAGACAUAUGAAAAGACGAUAAAAGAAGAGUUCACAGGUGAAAAGAGAGUUUAUAUCAUCAGAUCUGCACACAGACGACACUCAGAUCUGCCUCUGGAUAAAGAAAAGAGAUGUUAGCUCUCUGAAUAGUUUUGAUCUUUUUAAACUUUAAUGAAAAGAAAAGGGAGCUGGACCCUCUUUUACCGUAUUUUUAACCCACAGUUUUACAUCGUGGUGUAAAAGUCGACACAGAUUUUAAAUCAACUCUGUUGUUAAAUCCAUUUUUUAAUCAUCUGAGGCUUUUAUCCCAGAUGAAAUCCUUUUUAUCUUUUAAUGAUUUUUAAUAAAGUCAUUCCUGUUUUUAUUUUUUAUUGUUUUUUUUGAUCAGGUUUCUCUCUCUCACUCACAGUUUGUCCAAAACGCUGCUGCUCGUCUUUUAACAACAAAAACAUGACCACAUCACCACGGUUCUGUUCAUUUUAAAAUCCAUUUUAAUAUUUUAUUGUUUGUUUUUUAACCACAGUACGUCUCUGACCUCUUAAAUGUUUAUACUCCCCCACGCUCCGACUAUCUCUUAUCCCUUUUAUUUCUUUGAUGCUUUUGUGUUUUUAUUUGUUUUAUUUCAUUUUAGAUGUUUUUUAUUUAUGUCCUGGUGAUGUUUUCUGUUUGUUCUUUUAAACUUCACUGUGCAGCAGCAGCACUUUGGCAAACAUGAGAAUUUUUUAAAAUGUGACGUAGAAAUUAAGUGGAUUGUAUAAAUCUACGGUUUGACUUUUCCUUUUCUUUCUCUUCCUUUAAAUUACGUUUCUCUCUCUCUCUCUCUCUCUCUCUCUCUCUCUCUCUCUCUCUCUCUCUCUCUCGCUCGUCCUCUUCUUACUGAUGAUUUAGCACCUUUUAAAAAAAUCUCUCUGUGCAGAAACUUCCCAUUAGUUUCAAUCUUCCUCCAGAGAUUCAUUAACACCAGCUUUAAUGUGUGUGUGUGUGUGUGUGUCUGUGUGUGUGUGUGUGUGUGUGUGUGUGUGUGUGUGUGUGUGUGUGUGUGUGUGUGUCUUUGCACAUGAUCAUACAGUUAUGUAGAGCUGACACUUUAAUCCGCUGAUUCACAGUGAAGAGGGGGUGGACCUGAGACCGUCCUCACAGCGUCCUGCUGAAGGACGGCGAGGAACCGAGAAACAGGCAGAAACACAUGAUGACGAUGACGUGUGUCUGUGUUUGUGUGUCUGUGUUUGUGUGUCUGUGUGUCUGUGUUUGUGUCUGUGUCUGUGUUUGUGUGUCUGUGUGUGUGUCUGUGUGUCUGUGUUUGUGUGUCUGUGUGUCUGUGUGUCUGUGUGUCUGUGUUUGUGUGUCUGUGUCUGUGUGUCUGUGUCUGUGUGUCUGUGUUUGUGUGUCUGUGUUUGUGUGUCUGUGUGUUUGUGUGUCCGUGUGUCUGUGUGUUUGUGUUUGUGUGUCUGUGUGUCUGUGUCUGUGUGUCUGUGUUUGUGUUCGUGUGUUUGUGUGUCUGUGUUUGUGUCUGUGUGUCUGUGUUUGUGUGUCUGUGUUUGUGUCUGUGUUUCUGUGUCUGUGUUUGUGUUUCUGUGUUUGUGUGUCUGUGUCUGUGUUUGUGUGUCUGUGUGUCUGUGUCUGUGUCUGUGUGUUUGUGUUUGUGUGUCUGUGUUUGUGUGUCUGUGUUUGUGUGUCUGUGUCUAUGUGUCUGUGUGUCUGUGUUUGUCUGUGUGUCUGUGUGUCUGUGUUUGUCUGUGUGUCUGUGUCUGUGUCUGUGUCUGUGUGUCUGUGUGUCUGUGUGUCUGUGUUUGUGUGUCUGUGUGUCUGUGUGUCUGUGUCUGUCUGUGUCUGUGUGUCUGUGUGUCUGUGUUUGUGUCUGUGUGUCUGUGUGUCUGUGUGUCUGUGUUUGUCUGUGUGUCUAUGUGUCUGUGUGUCUGUGUGUCUGUGUCUGUGUCUGUGUGUCUGUGUCUGUGUGUCUGUGUGUCUGUGUUUGUGUGUCUGUGUCUGUGUGUCUGUUUCCACUCAGAAUAAGGACUCUGUUUUUCUGAACACCGGCUGAUAAAGAUCUUCACUUUUUUCUGACAGUUUUUCCUCAUUCUCUGUUUGAUGUCUUUAAAGGGAUAUUCUGACGUAAAAUUAAUUCACAGCGAGUUAGAGCUCAAAAUAAAAGACGUGUCAAACAUCAGAUUCACAUUAAAUAUUCACUUUUUUGACCAGCUGUUCACGACCCAUCCAGAACGUGUCUGCGACCCACUUUUGGGUGGGGACCCACCAGUUGAGAACCACAGCUUUAGAUGACCUGAUACUCAUAAACUGUCUGUGGACAUGAUCAAGGUGAACUUAAACAAGGUUUCUGUGUGUGUGUGUGUGUGUGUGUGUGUGUGUGUGUGUGUGUGUGUGUGUUCUCACAGCUGUGCCGGCGGCCCCCGUCAACGUGUCGGUGACCCAGCUGAGGGCGCACUCGGCCAUGGUGACCUGGAACGUCCCACAGGGUGACACCGUCAUCGGAUACGCCAUCUCCCAACAGGUAAAGUCUGAGUGUGUGUGUGUGUGUGUGUGUGUGUGUGUGUGUGUGUGUGUGUGUGUGUGUGUGUGUGUGUGUGUGUGUGUGUGAUCGAUUCCUCUUAAUUGGUUUAAUCCUCCAAAAGCUCUACAAUGAUUGGUCAGACGGCUGCUUAAAUGGAGUCCAUCCGUCAGCCGUCAGGUUUCGCCCGGUCUGAACCUCUCCCGGUCUUUCUGCUCGUUUGGUUGAAGGCCAAUUAAUUUUUCAGGGGGACAAAUUGAAGAGACAUAAAUUAUGAAAACCUUGGACGGCUGCCGCUCCCCCUCUGAAGCUGAAUUAUGGAUCGGCUGUGAUUGUUUUUUUCGUGGACUCGCUGCUGUUAUUUUGUCCUCUCUCUGUCCACGGGGGGAUUUUCUGAAACGCUGCAUCAUCACGAGAGGCGUCUCCUCUCCGAGUCAGGGGGAGAGUGAAACUCUCUGUGAAGCUGGUUAGGGUCGAGACAGAGCUGCUUUUGAUGUCCUUGUUACUGAAGACGACCAGAGAGUCUUUGAGGGUCCAAUUAGAGAAGAAGAAGAAGAAGGAGAAGAAGAAGAAGAAGAAGAAGAAGACGAUUAUUGGAGGAGGAGGAGACGGUUUUUACUGAGAUGUAGUUUUUGAGGUGGACCUGAUUUUAUGACCUGAACCCCGUCAGCUCAAGUCCCUGUGAUCCCAGAGUGUGUCCUCAUGUCAGAGUAAUGAGACCUGUCCUCACACUGAGGACCUGUCUCACCUUUCCCUCUCAGUCCAGUCCCCCAGUCUGGACCCGGACCCUCUGAACCGUUUAUAACCCUCACUUCCUGUUAAUUUAAGAUCCAUCCAGCCUCCUUUGUCCCUCAAACAGACAUGCAGAUAAAUGUUCAUAAAAUCAUCAUUUUUAAACUUUUUAAAACUUUUUUUGAUUCAAAUCUCUAAAAAAAACUUCAGCCCUGAUCAUUAAAUAAUAAAUAGAAAAUUCAAAGUUUUGCUCUUUUAAUGACGGUUUUUGUUCGACAUGUCAGUGUUAUUUUUAAUGGAAAAAAAAAUCAUCAUAUUUCCAUAUAAAAUGACAGAGAUUAAUUUUUUUAAAUAAAAAGAGUCAAUGAUGAGAAAUAAAAUUGAUUUUGAUGCAUUUAAAUUUUUUUUGUAGUGAAAAUUUUCCGUAUUUUACCUCCAUACAGCCUCCUUUGUCCCUCAAACAGACAUGCAGAUAAGUGUUCAUAAAAACAUCAUUUUUAAAGUUUUUUUAAAAUUUUUUCGACUCAGAUCUCUAAAACAACUUCAGCCCUGAUUAUUAAAAAAAGUAAUGAAUAAUAAAUCUGAUGUUUUUCCCUUUUUAUUCCAGUUUCUGUUCACCAUGUCAUAUUUAUUGAUAAAGUAAUAAUCAGCUGAACUAAUCAGCCUCGUCCUCGACCAAAUCAAAUGUGAUUGAAUUCAUUUGUUCAUAAUAAAUUAAUAUUAUAUAUAAACAUAUAAAAUCAGCAGAUAUCCGUAAGAUAGGAAUCAUUUCUAAGCGGCACUGAAGGGGUUAAAAUGAUGUGCGGCUCAGUCUGUUGUCUCACUGUGGGAAAGUCAGAUUUAGAGCCCUGCUGAUCGACUGACUCCGAUAAAAGAAGGUCGGAAUAUGUUGUUAUGGUGACAUAAAUACACGCUGUUUUUAAUGGAAGUCUAUUGGCCGAUUUGAGGACAGAGGAGGGUGGGCGGAGCUAAAAUGACUACAGGAGAACUACAGGAGACAGAGAGGAAAAAAUGACAGGACAGAGGAGGAGCCGAGGGUUAGUCUACUCAACACCAGAGCAUGUCUGAACCUUUAGAUCUGAUCUGUCCUGGGUUUCCUUCCCAGCACCUUGAAUCCUUCCUUCCUUCCUUCCUUCCUUCCUUCCUUCCUCACGGCUGACUCACUCUGCAGGUUUUUGGAGUUCAGAUCUUUCUACAAAGCCGCUCAGCAGAGUCCCCUGGACCUGGGUCAGACAUCUCUGUUUUAAUUCUGCUCAUAAAUCACCUCAUUAUGUUGCUCUCACGUCUCGGUAACACCGCCCGCUCACUCAGCUCGCUCCGUCCUAAUCACUUUCUACCUCCCACCGUUCUGGCAGAGAGCAGAAUCGGACAUCAGGAGUGGGAGUCGUCUCCAUUAGUGGAAAUGAUUUGGCGAGGGUCCGGUCUCACAGGAGAGACAUCCUCGGUGGCGGAGCUGCCAAAACCGUUUUUUAUUUAUUUAUCUUUGAUAAAGUCUCCUCCCGUCUGACUCACCAUCCAUCAACCUCCUGGAGAACCAGAGGAGGGGAGUGUAAAACAUCUCCUGUCAUAACCUUUAGGCUGCGCUCCUGGAGAGAGGAGGAGGAGGCGCAGGAGGAGGAGAACAAGGAGGACCAGAGGAGGAGGAGGAGGAGGAGGAGGAGGAGGAGGAGUUCGAGCUGCUGCGUCUGCGUUUGACAUCGGUUAUAGGACAUGAGCAGAAAGGGGGGUCCAGAAACAAGAUAAAAACAAGAUAAAAACACUAAAAACAAGAUAAAAACAAGAUAAAACAGGAUAAAAAAGUAAAAACAAAAUAAAAACAAGAUACAACAAGAUAAAAACACUAAAUCUGAGAGAAAAGGGUCUAAAACAAGAUAAAAACGAGAUAAAACGAGAUAAAACAAGAUAAAAACAAGAUAAAAACACUAAAAACAAGAUAAAUACAAGAUAAAACAGGAUAAAAAACACUAAAAACAAGAUAAAAACAAGUAAAAAACAAGAUAAAAACACUAAAAACAAGAUAAAAACACUAAAAACAAGAUUAAAGGUAAAAAACACUAAAAACAAGUUAAAACACUUAAAACAAGAUAACAACAAAAUAAAAAAAACUAAAAACAAGAUAAAACAAGAUAAAAACACUAAAAGCGAGAUAAAAAAACAAGAUAAAAACACUAAAUCUGAGGGAAAAUUGUUUAAAAACAAAAUUAAAAACACUAAAAAACAAUAAAAAACAAAUACCCAGUAUUAGUGAAGAAUGACUAAACUCUGUCUCAAUCCAAGCAGGCUGAUCUUGAAACAAGGCUUACUGAAUCUGAAAACAAGAUUCCUUUGGAUGAGACUAGAACUGAUUUGAACAGUUAUUUUUCUCAUGUGAAGAUUUCCUGACUAUUGGAGACAAACAGAAGAGAAGGUUGUUGGAGAGAAGAUUACAGUGGAAACUUAAAGACUCUGAAAACAGGAGAAAUUCUCCAACACUUCUGGAUCUACGGUUGGGUUUUGUUUUCUCGGUAAGAACUGAAUCGUUUGCAGGAUUCUGCUCCGACAAAAAUCAGCUUUUAAGGCUAAAAUAAGCAGCAGCAGCAGCAGCAGCAGCAGCAGUGAGCGUCUUUAGGAGAUUAUUUCACGGGUAUUAUCUGUGCGUGACAAGCUGAGUCUCUGUUUCUGUGAAGGAGAAGCAGGACGAGUGAAUCUGCUCAGACAAAAACCUCCUUCGCUCAUCUGAAGUUGUUCCAAAUCCCAGAUCUCCUCCGCCCGCACGGAUUCACACGUUACGCAACAAACAGGAACACACACACACACAUACACACACACACACACACACACACACACACACACACACACACACACACAGAGGUUUGAUUUUAGAAACACACAAACUCUGAGUCUGACACCUCUUCAGCACUCGAGGUAGAGAGAUGAUUGACGUGUUGGGAUGUUUAACCCGCAGACUGAAAACACAGAUCUGUUUGUUUGCUGUCGACUCCUCACAUGACCCCAAAAUAACUCCGUCUCCACCUGCAGGAGGAGCAAAGGUCAGUCUGCGGCAGAGAAAAAGACUUUUCACUGAGGUCAGAACCUUUUCAGAAACGCCUGAUGAACCCGGCUGAAGGUUAAGUGGAUCGAACCGAUCAGAAGAGUCUGGGUGACCUUUUCUUCUUCUUCUUCUUCUUCUGCUUUUUUUUUCAACUUUAAAAGAAACUUUGGAGGAGAGGAGAAGUUCAAGUUUCACAAGAAGACAUUCGCGAGUAUUUCUGUUUCUAUCUUGUUUUUAGACCUCCCAUUUUUGCAGUGUGUUCAUGAUGUUGAGAGCGGAGAGGAGAAGUCGACACACUCCGGCUCACAUCACGUUCAUGCCUGCCGUUUUUCUGCCCUCUGGUUUGGCUGCUAAGGUAACAGGCCUGCAGACCAAACUCAGGGCUGUAAAGAGUCUGUUAGUUUCGGUCUCUCUGUUCUAAUUCAGUGUAGAUCAGAUUUAUGACUCUGAUAAAACAGAUGAUGCUUUUUGCAGGAAUUGCUGGUGAAUCUGAAAACACUCACAUUUCUUUCCUUUCUGCCUGAAUCAGGCGUUUCUCUGCUCUUUUGGCUGAAGCUGUGUUUGGCCGCUCUCUCUCUAAGUGUGAUGGAUUUGGAGGUUUUAGGUCCAGAAUCUUGCAUAAUCUCAGCUGAGUCACCUGUUUUGAUUGAAAACCCCUGAUGAACAUCCAGAAACACUCUCCUCUGGUCUUUUUGUGCCGUAGGACAAUAAAUCGUCCGUCUCUGAUCCCUCGUCUGGACUCUGCUGAGUCUCUGGUGAUUCAGACAUCUGGACCGCCUCAAGCGUCCUGCCACUUCUUUUAUUUAUUGACUCCUCUUCAGCUUUUACUGCUUCACAGCCGCUUUAAUGUGCCGGGAAAACCUGAGUGUCGCUCCGACUAGACCUGAACACCCACCAGGCUGCAGAGAGAGAGAGACAGUUCAGAGUUAAAGUUCUGCUUUAACAGAGCCGAGAUGACACUUUUCUUUGUUCUGAUGAAAUCUGUUUAGAGCUUCUUUAACUUUGGUUUCAUGUUUGACCUUCUUCAGUUCAGAGUUUGACUUUUUCAGUUUUCUUUCAUCACCUUUUUCCGGCUCAUCCUGCAGCAGAUUAAAGAUGUAAAAAAAAAAAAAAUCUUCUGUCGUAACUUUGCAGCAAAAAUCAGCAACUGCUGAGUCAGCAAAUAUCGGCGUCGCCACGUUGUUUCUGUUGUUUCUGUUGUUUCUGCUGCCCCCUGGUGUUUCAAAGUGUUACUGCAUUCAAACAAACAAGCAAGAAUUUCAGAAACCUUCUUUUCCUCAACAUCGCGUUGUUUUACACACCUUUUUUUACACACCUGUGUCCAUGCACACCUGUUUUUUUUUACAUACCUGUUUUUUUACCAAUUUUUUUUUUCACACCUGUUCUAUUUUUGCACAUUUUUUUUACACACUUGUUUUUUUUACACACCUGUUUUUUUCUGCACCUGUUCUAUUUUUGCACAUUUUCUUUUUUACACACUUGUUUUUUUUGCACACCUAUUCUUAUGCACAGGACCAUGAAGUCCUGAGAGCUGCAAUUAGAAGAGGUGGAUGAUACCGCAGGAUUACAUUUGCAUAUAAAUAUGUGUGUGUGUGUGUGUGUGUGUGUGUGUGUGUGUGUGUGUGUGUAUAACCUGCUAACAUGAAAAGUGAUGAGUCAACGUAGCUGAAGUGGGCGUGGCUCUUCGGAAGCUCGUUCUCACCUCUUAACCAAUGAAAUCCAGAGUUCUUCUUCUUCUUCUUCUUCUGAUGCGUGUGUUUAGCGUCAGGACGGACUGAUGCAGCGCUCCAUCAGAGAGGUCAACACGUCCAGCCGCUGGUGCGUGCUGUGGGACCUGGACGAGAACACACACUACAGCGUCCAGGUGAGAAACACACUCAUGAACAUGAUAAUGACCCCUGACCUCAGUCUUUGUAGAGCCACGCUUAUGGAAGUCAAUCUGUGCCAUCUGAUUUUCAAUUUGAAUUUCUAAAGCUGAAUUUUUCUGCAUCUAAAUCAGACUUGGAAUUUCAAAACUAUUUAAUUUCAAGCACAUAUUUUUAUUUCUGACACUUAUUUUUUUUCACAACGAUUAAAAAAAUUCAGUGUAAAAAAAAUCAGUCUCUAAAAAUAUUUGUGUAGCAAAAAUUUGACUUAAAAAAAUGGUGUAAAAAAAUUAAACAUAAAAAAAGAAAUCAGUGUCAAAGAAUUUAGCGUAAAACAGACUGACUCAACAAUCGAUUCCUGGUUCAAUCAUCCAUCGUCCAGCUAAUCAAUUAAUGCUAGAUUGGUCAUGUGACCCAGUGGAAGUUUGAGGAAUCGAUUGCUUCUCCCUGAUUACUCGGAUGUUGAGUUGGUCUGUUUUACACUCAAUUUUUCAACAUUGAAAUUUUUUUAUAUAAAUUUUUUUGACAGUUUUUUAAAUAAAAUUUUUUUACAUUGAUUUUUUUAUAUUGAAUUUUUUGACAUUAUUUUUUAUAACUUUUAGUUUUUUUAAGUUGAAUUUUUACUAAACAAAUACAGAUUUUUUUAACACUGAAUUUAUUUCAUCAUUGUGAAAAAUAAGUUUCAUAAAUAAAAAUGCGUGCUUGAAAUUCAAUCAUUUUGAAAUUCAAUAGUCUUCCAUAGAUCGAUUGCUUCUCCCUGAUAACCCGGAUGUUGAGUUGGUCUGUUUUACACUAAAUUUUUUGACACUGAAUUAUUUGACAGUGGAUUUUUUUUAUGUGAAAUUUUGAAUUUUUACUACAAUACAUUACUACAAUAUUUUCAGAAACCUAUUUUUUUUUCACUGAAUUUAUUUCAUCCUAAAAAAAAUAGUCUUUGAAUUUUUAAAGUUUUGAAAUUCAAAGUCUGAUUUUGAUGCAAAAAAAUUCAGCUUUAGAAAUUUAAAUUGAAAAUCAGAUGGCACAGAUUGACUUCCAUACACUUUGCCCUGGUAUGAGCGCUGCGUUCAUUUGAAGAUGAGCAGAUUUUUGGAGUCAGUCAUGACUCCCUUCUUCUUCUCAGUUUGCGUCUCCAUCAUCACGACUCCAUUAAACUUCGAUGGUCCAUAAUAGACUGACACAGACUGUCCUUCAGCUGGAGGACUCGUUAAAUGAGCUCGUCAGCAGCAGGAUGUCCUGCAGGAGAGUCAUCGAGCGAGCUGACUGAAGCCCGGCCAACAGCGAGAGCUCGGAAAACUCCGACUUUUCCACCUCUGACAUUGAAGCGGAGGAGAGGAGUUUUUUCUGCUUCAUCCAGAGGGAGCAGAGAGAUGAGAGACUGUGCUGAGAGUGAGAGGAUCAAACUUUUAAUGAGAGCGAGUUUCUGUCCAUUCAAGGACUUCAGAUUCAGAGCCUGUAAAAAAAAAUUAGAAUAUCUUUCAAAAGUUUAUUCAUUUCCAUAAUUUCAUUCAAAAACUUUCAUCGAUUACAAUUUCAACCAUUUCAAGUUUUUAUUUGGUUAUUUUUACAUAAUUUGGGCUUUUUUUGCUUCCUUUUAUUUUUUUAGGAAGUAACUUUUUUUUUCUUUUGCAUCACCAUUGCAACUUCCAUUGUGGCUUUUUUUAUUUGCAUCCUUUUAUUUUCGCAGUAAGAAACUCUUUUUUUGCAUCACCACUUUUCUUUGCGUGUCUUUAACUUCUGUUUUGUUUUGGUUUUUUUUGCAUCCUUUUAUCUUUGUGAUAAGUAACUUUUUUUCUUGCAUCAAUACUUUUUUGGGGGGCCUUAACUUCUGUUUUUUUUUGUCCAUCCUUCUAUUUUUGGAGUUAGAAACUUUUUUUUUGCAUCGUCACUUUUUUUGAGUCUUUAACUUCUGUUAAGUUUUUUUUUUUUUUUGCAUCCUUUUGAUUCCGUAGUAACUUUUCCUUUUUUUUUUAACAUUGCCACUUUUUUUUGCAUCGUUAACUUCAGUUGUGUUUUUUUUUUUUUUUUUUUGCAUUCCUUUUUUUUUGGCAGCAGUGUCAGUCCUCGGCCACCGUAGUUAUCCCACUCAUAUUUAGAUUUUUAGAUUUCGGGUUAGUACACUAAAGGGUUAAAAAUGAUCCUUUUGGACAUUAAUUCACCUCGGCUCCUGACAUAUUCUGAAAAUACACACUUCAAGGAUUAAAAAAAGAAACAGGUGGCAUCAAAAAGCCGUUCAUCUAUCAGUGCUGCAGUGACGGAUCCUCUCUCUCUCCCUCCGUCUCUGUGAUUGUUCAGCUUCAUCCUCUCUGUUAUCUCGCCUCAAAGCCUCGUCUCUCUCCCUCUCUCUCUCUCGCCUCACAGCUCUUGUGUCUCUCUCUCUCUCUCUCUCUCUCUCCCUCUCUGUCUCUCUCUCUCUCUCUCUCUCUCUCUCUCUCUCUCUCUCUCUCUCUCCCUCUCUCUCUCUCUCUCUCUCUCUCUCUCUCUCUCUCUCUCUCUCUCUCUCGCCUCACAGCCUCGUGUCCUGAAAAUAAAAACUCGAUAAACAUCAAACUUAUUUAUUUGAGGUGGAUUUUUACUGCAAACGUCCCAGAGAAGGUCACAGAAGGAGUCUCAGCUCCAUCUUUACUCCUCUCGUGGUCCUCCAGGAGCUGAAGGUCUCCUCUGAGCCAGCUCCUCUUCAGGGUUUUCUUCUUCUUCUCUUCCUUCUUUAGGUGCAGUCUGUGGGGCCGCACGGGGACAGCCAGCCCAGCCGAGCCGUCCACUUCAGGACUCUGGAGAAGACGGACCAUUAUCCUGCUGGAGUCCUGGACCACCGUAAACACACACACACACACACACACACACACACACACAGCUCAGCUCCUCAGCUCCUCUCAGAUGACCCUCUGAUCCUCCUCAACUUCAUCUCUGUCUGUUUGUCUCUCCUCCUCAGAUGAGCCGGCCAUGGAGGGUUUAGGGAUGAGUCCUCACCUCCAGACAGGAGAGCUGCUGAUCAUCACCACGGUGCUGCUGCUGUGGGCAGGUGAGGGCGCACACCUGUCUGACUCUGUGCGUGUUCUGCUGAGGUGGAGAAGAAGAUCACAGCUGAGGUCUGAGGAUAAAUGAAGGUCCAAGUGUUUCCAAGAUCUCAGGGUUUAUCUCCAGCACGGCAAAAAAGGAGGGUCUAAAACAAGAUAAAAACGAGAUAAAAACAAGAUAAAACAAGAUAAAAACAAGAUAAAAACACUAAAAACGAGAUAAAACGAGAUGAAAACAAGAUAAAAACACUAAAAACAAGAUAAAAACAAGAUAAAAACACUAUAUCUGAGAGAAAAGGGUCUAAAAGAAGAUAAAAACAAGAUAAAAACAAGAUAAAAACACUAAAAACGAGAUAAAAACAAGAUAAAAACACUAAAAAACAUGAUAAAAACAAGAUAAAAACAAGAUAAAAACACUAAAAACGAGAUAAAAACAAGAUAAAAACACAAAAAAACAUGAUAAAAACAAGAUAAAAACAAGAUAAAAACACUAAAAACAAGAUAAAAACAAGAUAAAACAAGAUAAAAACACUAAAAACGAGAUAAAAACGAGAUAAAAACAAGAUAAAACGAGAUAAAAACAAGAUAAAAACACUAAAAACAAGAGAAAAACAAGAGAAAAACACUAAAAACGAGAUAAAAACACUGAAUCUGAGAGAAAAGGGUCCAAAAACAAGAUAAAAACAAGAUAAAAACACUAAAAACGAAAUAAAAACAAGAUAAAAACACUAAAAACGAGAUAAAAACACUGAAUCUGAGAGAAAAGGGUCCAAAAACAAGAUAAAAACAAGAUAAAAACACUAAAAACAAAAUAAAAACAAGAUAAAAACACUAAAAACGAGAUAAAAACACUGAAUCUGAGAGAAAAGGGUCUAAAAACAAGAUAAAAACAAGAUAAAAAAAGAUAAAAACACUAAAAACAAGAUAAAAACACUAAAAACGAGAUAAAAACACUGAAUCUGAGAGAAAAGGGUCUAAAAACAAGAUAAAAACAAGAUAAAAAAAGAUAAAAACACAAAAAACAAGAUAAAAACAAGAUAAAACAAGAUAAAACAAGAUAAAAACUCUAAAUAUAAGGGCGAAGGGAACAAAGGCAAGAUAAAAACACUAAAAAACAAGAUAAGAACAAGUUAACAAGAUAAAAACACUAAAUAUGAGGGCGAAAGGACUAAAAACAAGAUAAAAUCAAGAGAAAACACUUAAAACAAGAUAAAAACAGUAAAUAUGAGAGAAAAGGGACUAAAAACAAGUUAAAAACACUAAAAAAACAAGAUAAAACACUAAAUAUGAGGAAAAUGGGACUAGAAACAAGAUAAAAACAAGAUAAAAACAAGAUAAAAACAGUAAUUCUGAGAGAAAGGGGACAAAAACAAGAUUAAAAACACUAAAAACAAGAUAAAAACAAGAGGAAAAUACUAAAUCUGAGGGAAAAGGGACUAAAAACAAGAUAAAAACAAGAUUAAAACUCCUCUCUCUCUCUCUCUCUCUCUCUCUCUUUGUCUCUCUCUCUCUCCCUCCCUCUCUAUCUCUCAUGUCUCUCUCUCUCCUCAGCCGUGAUCGCCCUCUUCUGCCGCCAGUAUGACAUCAUCAAAGACAACGACUCCAGCAGCGCCAAGGAGAAAGCCAAGAGGCCGCUGGUCCGCUCCACCUCCUACUACUACAACGCCUCGGCCGCCAGCUCGCCGCUCUACCACAACGGAGCCGUGCGCAGCAGCAGGGUGCGUUACAUCGCGCGUCUGCGCUUUCCUCCAUCACAGUUUGUAGUUUUUUUCAGCAGAGCUUCUGUAGUUUCAUCAGAUCUCCUAGCAACUGGAGCUGCAGCUACAGGAGCAGCAGAGCGAGGACAGAGACAGACCAGGGCUAUGGAAGUCAAACUAUGCCAUCUGAUUUUCACUUUGAAUUUCUAAAGCUGAAUUUUUUUACAUCAAAAUCAGACUUUGAAUUUCAAAACUAUUUAAUUCAAGAACACGUUUUUAUUUCUGACACUUAAUUUUUUUUCACAAUGAUGAAAUAAAUUCAGUGUAAAAAAUCAGUCUCUCAAAAGAUUUGUUUGGUAAAAAUUCGACUUAAAUUUUUUCUGCAAAAAAAUUCAACAUAAAAAAAAAUUUCAGUGUCAAAUAAUUGAAUUUAAAACAGACCGACUCAACAUCCGGGUAAUCAGGGAGAAGCAAUCGAUUCCUCAAACUUCCACUGAGGUCAGUUUUUUUUUAAUUUUUUUUUUUUUGUUUAAUUUUUACAAAACAAAUUUUUGAGAGACUGAUUUUUUUUACACCGAAUUUAUUUCAUCAUUGUGAAAAAAUAACUGUGAGAAAUAAAAAUGUGUUCUUGAAAUUCAGUCUGAUUUUGAUGUAAAAAAAUCAGAUGGCACAGUUUGACUUCCAUACAGAUAUCACCAUGAAACUUCCCAAGUUUAUAACCUACAUUUAGACAAAUAUUUUUUAUAUUACAAGUUUAGUCAAAUGUUCUGUUUAAAUAUGUAAGUGAGGUCAUAUCUUAUUAAAUAUGCACUAAUUUACAUACAUGUAGAGAAAACAAUGGAUAAAGCCCCCAUAGAAUGAAUACAAAGGAUGUAAAAAAAACACUUUUUUAGGGGUGGUGAGAGUAUUUUCUCAUUUACAGAGUGAUAAAAACAGAUAUCCAAAGCCCCCUGACUCUAGUGUGUCAACAAAAUAAAGCAUGAAUUUUUUAAAGGGUCUUUGUUGAAAUGUCUGUAAAUUAGUGCAUCUUUAAUUAGAUAUUAGUAUUUUUUUUUAGUAAUUAAUAGCACAGAGUAUUUAUGGUUCCGGUCUGGGGGUGAAGGUUCAACCUCCUGAACACAGAGGACUAACCAGACCAGGUCAGAGAAAACAGAUCUGCAUAAAUCCCCCCUGGGUGCCCUGGGGCCCCCUCGUCCCUCAUCCAGCCUGAGUACGGCCCUGCUCUGCAGCUCAUUUUCCCUGAACCGCUUUUUGAAAAUCAAGUUCUGAGGAAACGUCCUGAUUUAAUAAAGUUGCAGAAAGACCUCUGAGAUUAAGUCUGGACCGGAUCCAAACCCCCGGAGGACCGUGAUGGAUUAGAGAAUAAGGGGUCUAAAACAGCGCUGGGAUCUCAACUCAAAACAGGUUUAGAGGCCAAAUCCACUAAAGCGAGUUGUUUUGUAGCCGGGGGCAGAAGAACGUUCAAAAACAACAUCUGUAAACGUGAUUUAUUCAACGACCCGCUGCCUCAGAGCCAACGAACAUCCGGGCUGUCGGGUCAGAGCGCCGUUUCUGAGAUUUCACAGGUAGAAACGCCACAAAGUCGGGGGGGGGGCACACACCUGUAAAUGUCAGCUCUCUGAUUGGUGGAUGUCUGUGCAUAAGUCCCGCCCACACGCAGCACCUCAUGUUCAUGUAUGUGACCCUGAUGAUGACUCGUGUGUGUGUGUGUGUGUGUGUGUGUGUGUGUGUUUCAGCUGCACAGAGCCUCGUCCUCCAUCAGCAUCAUCAGAGUCUGA